AUGUGCUUGGACACAUCAAUUGCUAUUCCAUUCAAUGUGUUGUGCAACUUAAAAAAUCUUGAAACAUUGGAAAUAAGAAGUUGUGAUUCACUAAAAGAGGUGUUUGAUACGCAAGGACAACUAAAUGCUGAUGGACAUACAUUGAAGGAAAGUCAUCAAGAAGUUUUGGACUUCAAGAACCUGAAAUCCUGUAAAGUUCACAAUUGUUGUAACUUGAGACGUAUAUUUACUCCGUCUAUCAUUUUGGGUCUUGUUCAACUUCAAGAAAUAGAAGUUAAAAACUGUGCUUUAAUGGAAGAAAUCAUCUUGAAAGAAGAAGAAAAGGAAGCAGACAUUGAGAAAAUUAUGAUACCCCAAUUGAACUCCAUUAUUCUUGAGUCAUUGCCUAACUUAACAAGCUUCUAUUCAGGAAUGAAGACUUUGGAAUGUCCUGCCUUGAAAGCUAUUAUAGUAGUCGAGUGUCUACAGAUUGAGACAUUUGUUUUCACUUAUACGAAGCACCAAUCUGACCAUGUUGCGCCCCUUUUCAGUGAAAAGUUACCAGAACUCAAACAUUUCUACUUGGGUUUACAAACAAUAGAGUGGCCAAUGCUAAAACAGUUGGUGGUGAAUGAUUGUGAAAAGAUUGAAAUAUUUGCUUCAAAAUAUCUUAAGGUUCAAAAUACAGAUGAAGAGACUCAACCUUCCCUUGAUUUGUCUGAAAAGACAUCUUACAAUUGA